AUGGGCGACGCGGAGCCCGGGUGGCUCCGGGAGGAAACCGGGAAUGAGGAGGAGGAGGAGGAGGAGCUGGAUCCGCGCAUCCAGGAGGAGCUGGAGCGGCUCAACGAGGCCGGCGAGGAGAUCAACCGCGUGGAGCUGGAGCUGGACGAAGCGCGCGCCACCUACCGCCGGGUGCUCUCGGACUCGGCCCGCCAGCUGGACGCCCAGGCCUCGCUCCUGGGCAAUUCCGUGGAGAAAUCCCGGCCCUACUACGAGGCGCGGCGCCUCGCCAAGGAGGCGCAGCAGGAGGCGCAGCGGGCGGCGCUCCGCUACGAGCGCGCCGUGGGGCUGCACGGAGCCGCCCGGCACAUGGUGGCCGUGGCGGAGCAGGGCGUCCGGGCGCCCCGGAACCGCCUCGAUCCCGCCUGGCAGGAGCUGCUCAACCACGCCACCGGCAAGGUGAACAAAGCAGAGUGGUUGUGUUCUGAGCGGCUGUGCUCCGAGCGGCGCUGCCAGGCGGUUGUUGCGGUUGUUAUUGCGGUUGUUGCUCCCGUUGUCGCUCCGCCUGUUCCCAACACUCCGGGUGUCGUUUCCGGCCUGCAGACCAUCGCCUCGGAUCUGCAGAAGUUCGACUCCGUGGAGCACCUGCGGAGCGUCGCCGGAGCCGCUCCGGAGCCGCGGGCGGCCGCGCCGCAGCCGGAGUCUCUAGCGGGACCAGGAUCCGCGGGACAAUCCGAGGCAGGAGCCGCGCUGAGGUCUGAGCCGGUGGGAUCGGAGCCGGGAUCCCCGCUGGGAUCUGGAUCUGCGUCAGGAGCUGAAUCCGGAGCAGAGCCAGGAUCUGCAUUGGGGUCUGGAUCCGUACAGGGAUCCGCACUGGGAUCGGAGCCAGAAUGUGCGCUGGGAUCUGGAUCCACACCAGGAUUGGAGCCAGAAUUCACACUGGGAUCGGGAUUGACACUGGGAUCGGAGCCAGAAUCCGCGCUGGGAUCUGAAUUCACACCAGGAUCAGAGACGAGAUUGGAGCCGGGAUCGGAGCCAGAAUGUGCGCUGGGAUCCGGAUCCACACCAGGAUCGGAGCCGGGAUUGGAGCCAGAAUUCGCACUGGGAUCGGGAUUGACACCGGGAUCGGAGCCAGAAUCCGCGCUGGGAUCUGGAUCUGCGUCAGGAGAUGAGUCCGGAUCAGAGCCAGAAUCCACAUUGGGGUCUGGAUCCAUACAGGGAUCCGCACCGGGAUUGGAGCCAGAAUCCGCACUGGGAUCUGGGUUCACACUGGGAUCAAAGCCAGGAUCGGAGCCAGAAUCCACACUGGGAUCUGGAUCCACACCGGGACGGGAGGCAAGAUUGGAGCCGGGAUCGGAGCCAGAAUGUUCAUUGGGAUCUGGAUUCACACCAGGAUUGGAGAUGAGAUUGGAGCCGGGAUCGGAGCCAGGAUUCACACUGGGAUCAGGAUUGACACUGGGAUCGGAGCCAGAAUCCACACUGGGAUCUGAAUCCAUACUGGGAUCGGAGCCGAGAUCGGAGCCAGAAUCCGCACUGGGAUCUGGAUCCACACCAGGAUUGGAGCCAGGAUCGAAGCCAGAAUCCGCACUGGGAUCUGGAUCCGCACCGGGAUCCAUACCUGGAGCCGUGCCGGGAUCCCCGGUGGUGGCUCGGGAAGCACUGCGUUCCACAUGGAUGGCUCUCCGGAGCCUCCGGAUGCGCCCGCGGCUCCACUUGGGAUUCCGGACUCAGGCUCCGGCUCCGCUUCUUUCUGGCGCCAGGAUCCGCAGGAAUGGCAGCCUGGAAUCUCGGCAUGCGCCCGCUGCUCCAUUCGGGAUGAGGGCGCCGGAUCCGGAGCCUCCGGAUCCCCCUCCAGCUCCGCUUAUCCCAAGAAGGCUCCGGGAGUCGGGAUCCGCCGGGACACGGCCGGACAUUCCCGACAGCUCCAUGCGGCUCCAUCCCUCCCAUUCCCGGAGCCUCCGGCCCGGAAGGAGGCCGGGAAGCGGCCUCGGACACUGCGGCAUUCCCAGCGCCGGGAAUAGGACCCACGGCGGGACUCUUCCCGCUCCCCCUUUCCGCAGGGAUGCGGCGUUUUUUUGGGAUGGGGAUCCCGCUCCGCUCCCCUUAUCCCUGCAAAUCCGGUGCUGGAGGCGGGAAGCAGCGUUCCCGCUUUUCCCAUUUCCCCCCUUUUUUUUUCCCAUUCCCUCCCCUUUUAUCCCGGUUUUCCGGCGGUGCGGCGGCCGCCAUGAGACCGGCCGGGUCGGAAGCGGCCGCGGAGCCGGAUCCCGCAGGAUUAUCCCGAAUAAAGUGGCGUUUUUCCGGACACUCCCGCUGCUCUCUUCCCGCAUCCCGGCUCCGCGCGCAGGACAUCCCGAGUGUCCCGAGCAUCCGGAACAUCCCGAGUUUCCAGAGCACCCCGAGUGCCCGGAGCACCCCAGGCACCCGGAUGCUCCCGAGCGCCCAGAGCCCCCCAAGCUCCCAGGUCAUCCCGAGCACCUGGAGCCCCCCAAGUGCCUGGAUGCUCCCGAGUGUCCCGAGCACCCCGAGUGUCCCGAGCACCCAGAGCCCUUUGAGCACCCUGAGCACCCCGAGUGCCCGGAGCACCCCGAGCACCCGGAUGCUCCCGAGCGCCCAGAGCCCCCAAAGCUCCCAGGUCAUCCCAAGUGUCCCGAGCCCCCCAAGUGCCUGGAGCACCAUGAGCAUCCGGAGCCCCCCAAGCUCCCAGGUCAUCCCCAGUGUCCAGAGCACCCCGAGCACCCUGAGCACCCUGAGCACGCGGAGCACCCCGAAGUGCCCGGAGCCCCCCGAGUGUCCCGAGCACCCCGCGCGCCCCGAGCCCCCCAGGCUCCCAGGUCAUCCCGAGUGACCAGAGCACCCCGAGUCCCCAGAGACCCCAAGUGCCCGGAGCCCCCCGAGCACCCGGACGCUCCCGAGCGCCCAGAGCCCCCCAAGUGUCCCGAGCCCCCCGAGUGUCCGGAGCCCCCCAGGCUCCCCGAGCACCCGGCUCCCCUGCAGCUCCCACGUCAUCCCGCGCACCCGGAGCCCCCCAAGUGCCUGGACGCUCCCGAGCGCCCCAAGCCCCCCGAGUGCCUGGAGCCCCCCGACAUCAUCCUCAUCCCCAUACCCAUCGGCAUCCCCAUCCCCAUCAUCAUCAUCCUCAUCCUCAUCCCCAUCAGCAUCCCCAUCAUCAUCAUCGUCGUCAUCCUCAUGGUCAUCCCCAUCCUCAUGCUCAUUGUCAUCCCCAUCCUCAUCAUCAUCCUCAUCCCCAUCGGUAUCCCCAUCUUCAUGCUCACCCCCUCCCCAUCUCCAUGGCCAUCCCAUGACCAUCCCCAUCCUCAUCCCAUCUCCAUCCCCAUCUCCACGGCCAUCCCAGAGGCCAUCCGCAUCCUCAUCCCCUCCCCAUCUCUAUGCCCAUCCCAUCCCCAUCCCCAUCCUCAUCCCAUCCCCAUCUCCAUUCCCAUGACCAUCCCCAUCUCCAUUCCCAUGACCAUCCCCAUCCUCUUCCCAUGA